AUGGCGUUGGUGCCUGGGUGCGUGCAGUGCGGGACGCGGAGCAACCCGUGCCGGUGCAAGGUCGUCGGGCCGACGCUGGGGUUCGUGGCCUUCCUGGUGACGGGGGUGGUGGAGUGGCCGCUGGGCGCGGCGGUGUACCUGUUCCGCCAUCGCAAGGGACGCCGCAUCAUGGGACACCCCGCCAGGGUCGUCUACCCGCGCGUCACCACGGCCAUCCCCAUCUAA